AUGAUAAUCGACAGUCAACUGGGUAAAGGAGCUUGGGCUGAGGCAGUCUGUUUUGGGACGUUUUGCCUCAACGUGACUAAGUUCAUUGAGCCGCUGGACAAAACCCCAUUCGAAAUCAUCACUGGACAUAGACCAUAUCUAGGUCGAGUCCUGAGAUUCGGAACCAGGUAUUGGUUCUACAACAUCCAGCCCGGCAAGGACAAACUCGAUAAACGAGCCAUUGCUGGAGCUGUCGUCGGAAUAGAUGAAGACGGGUUAUCGUACCGUGUUCUGGAAUUGGGAACAACCAGAGUCCAUCGUAUCCGGGACAUCGAGGUAAAGGAUCUAGCACCUCUACACGAAGACGAAAAUCUACUUCCGCCAAUCCCAGAAGAUUCAGCUACCAAUGAUAUCAACGGACCUCCCGCUGAUGAUGAAGAAGAAGAAGAAGAACUCUCUCCCAAUGGAGCUGACGAUCAAGGGAUGCCAGAAGAUGACGACGACUGGAGUGGAGAGAGAAAUGUGGAUGAUGAUCUCGGGAUCUCCUCUGUCAAUGGAACAG